AUGCAGAAACGUGGGCAUCAGGGACCAUGGGAGUGCUUUGGUGAAGUAUCCAGACUGCUGUGGGCCUAAUGGGGCAAGAGACAUGGGAGGCAGGGCAGCUGCUUGCUUUUACCCAGGAACCACCUCCACGAUGUAUCAAAAGUGGGCAAAAGUUGACUAAGGAGCAUGAUGGCUAAAUGUAGACUCGAUUACUGGAUUAGAUCCUGGAACAGAAAAAGGGCAUCAGUGGGAAAAUGUGACAAGUCUGGAGUUCAGUCAAUAGUGCUAUACCAAUGUCAGUUUCUUAGUUUUGGCAAAUGUUCCGUGAUUAUGCACGGUGUUACCAUUAGGGGAAGCUGGGUGAAGGGUAGGACUGUACUGUCUUUACAACUCUUCUGUAAAUCUAAAAUUGUUUCAAAAUAAAAAGUUUAAAGAGACCAAAGCAGAUGAGGAAAUAGCAUGGAAAGCACGACCCCAGUUUUGUCAACUUGAUGCGUCCAUAUGUGUCAUACGUGCACAUAUGUGUCGUGUGUAUGUGUGCACCAACAGAGAUCUGGAAGAUCGCACGCUCAGACUUUGGGAUUCAGGCAUCUCUGGGAAGAGCCAGAUCCUUUUCGCCCUCGUCUUCACCACCAGGUACCUGGACCUGUUCACCAACUUCAUCUCCAUCUACAACACGGUAAUGAAGGUGGUUUUUCUCCUCUGUGCCUAUGUCACAGUGUACAUGAUCUAUGGGAAAUUCCGGAAAACAUUUGACAGUGAGAAUGACACAUUCCGCCUGGAGUUUCUUCUGGUCCCAGUCAUUGGCCUCUCCUUCCUUGAAAACUACAGUUUCACUCCUCUGGAGAUCCUCUGGACUUUCUCUAUCUACCUGGAAUCAGUGGCCAUCCUGCCCCAGCUCUUCAUGAUCAGCAAGACUGGAGAGGCUGAGACCAUUACUACUCAUUACCUGUUCUUUCUUGGGCUAUACCGGGCCCUCUACUUGGCUAACUGGAUCAGGCGGUACCAGACUGAGAAUUUCUAUGACCAAAUUGCAGUGGUGUCUGGAGUAGUACAAACCAUCUUCUACUGUGACUUCUUCUACUUGUAUGUGACCAAAGUCCUUAAAGGAAAGAAGUUAAGUCUUCCAAUGCCAAUUUGAAGGUCCUCAGAGAUGUUCUACACCUUAACAUGGACACGAAGCAAACUAUGUCAAGUGUUCUCCUGGGUGACUUUUACGUGACUGAGACCAAAUGUUAAAACUGAAGUCAGAAAAAUGUUUAGUGUGGAAUUCAGCAAAGCGCUGAUCAUUCUAUCUAGAAGACCAUCUCAUCAGUAUCCCCCUUAUAGAGGUAAUUAAAACUUGGGCCAAUUACAUAAGUAUGGUACCCUCACAAUGUCAACUGGACCAUCAUAAAAACCUUACGUGUUUAACUCAUGAAUGGAUCAAGUCAACUAUUGCUCUCUAAGGCCCUAGUGUGAGACUCAUGCUAAGGAACAGCCAAUCCCAAUCUGGAAAUGUACCCUGCUGUGUAUAAGGCAAAAGCCCCAAAUGAAGAUCACAGACACUCCUAAGUAUCAGGAGUGUACUGUUGUGAUUAAUUUUCACCUUCCAGGUAGGAGACCAUCAAGUUUAGGGAGUCAAGAUACACAGGUGAUAUGACAGGUGGGAAAUAUGAGGAAACAAAUACCCCAGGCUUUACCUACUAGGUACUGUCUUGUUGCUUCGUGACUCAAAUUUGUGCACUAAGAACAAUUAAUCCCGCCACCCCUUUCACAUUUUUAGGUGCUAACUAAGGUGUUAGUCAACCAACAUGGUCUUGAAGCAAAUAAAAACUCUUAAAGAGACUGUCACUGGCCUGUAGUCAGAAUUUUUUAAGCAAUAAAAAUCUCACACCUUA